AUGGCGCAGCAUCUGUUGCACGGGACUUUACAUGCUACAAUCUAUGAAGUUGAUGCGCUUCAUGGUGGUGGAGUCAGAGCUGGCUUCCUCGGGAAGAUUCUUGCAAAUGUUGAAGAGACGAUUGGUGUUGGCAAAGGAGAAACACAGCUUUACGCCACGAUCGAUCUCCAGAAAGCAAGAGUCGGUCGAACCAGGAAGAUCAAGAACGAGCCUAAAAACCCAAAGUGGUACGAGUCGUUUCACAUCUACUGUGCUCACUUGGCUUCCGACAUCAUCUUCACUGUGAAAGACGAUAACCCCAUCGGUGCAACCCUCAUCGGAAGAGCGUACAUCCCCGUCGACGAAGUCAUCCACGGCGAGGAAGUUGAUAAAUGGGUUGAGAUCUUGGACAACGACAGAAACCCUAUCCAAGGAGGAUCCAAGAUCCACGUGAGGCUCCACUACUUCCAUGUCGAGGAGGAUCGUAACUGGAACAAGGGCAUCAAAAGCGCUAAAUUCCCUGGCGUGCCCUACACGUUCUUCUCUCAGAGACAAGGAUGCAAAGUCUCUCUCUACCAAGGAGCUCACAUCCCGGACAACUUCGUCCCGAGGAUCCCUCUCGCUGGUGGCAAGAACUACGAGCCUCAGAGGUGUUGGGAGGAUAUCUUCGACGCCAUAAGCAACGCGAAGCAUUUGAUCUACAUCACUGGAUGGUCUGUCUACACUGAGAUCACUCUCAUCAGAGACUCGAGGAGGCAAAAGCCAGGUGGAGACAUGACCAUCGGUGAGCUUCUCAAGAAGAAGGCUAGCGAAGGCGUUAGGGUUCUCUUGCUUAUCUGGGACGACAGAACCUCCGUUGACGUGCUCAAGAAGGAUGGUCUCAUGGCUACUCAUGAUGAAGACACUGAGAAUUUCUUCAGAGGAAGCGACGUCAACUGUGUUCUCUGCCCUCGUAACCCCGACGACGGUGGCAGCAUCGUGCAGAGCUUGCAGGUCUCUACCAUGUUCACUCAUCACCAGAAGAUCGUUGUCGUGGACAGCGACCUCCCUAGCCAAGGAGGUUCUGAGAUGAGGAGGAUCGUUAGCUUCGUCGGCGGUAUUGAUCUCUGCGACGGGAGGUACGACACUCCUUUCCAUUCCUUGUUCAGGACGCUUGACACUGUCCACCACGACGACUUCCAUCAGCCUAACUUCACCGGAGCUACAAUCACCAAAGGUGGUCCUAGGGAGCCGUGGCAGGACAUUCACUCUCGUCUUGAAGGUCCCAUUGCUUGGGACGUCAUGUACAACUUCGAGCAGAGAUGGAGCAAGCAAGGUGGUAAAGACAUCCUCGUGAAGCUGAGAGACCUAAGUGACAUCAUCAUCACACCUUCUCCUGUCAUGUUCCAAGAAGACCACGACGUUUGGAACGUCCAGCUCUUUAGAUCCAUCGACGGUGGAGCUGCCGCCGGGUUUCCGGACUCUCCUGAAGCCGCUGCGGAGGCUGGUCUUGUGAGCGGGAAAGAUAACAUCAUCGACAGGAGUAUCCAAGAUGCUUACAUCCACGCCAUCAGACGUGCGAAAGACUUCAUCUACAUCGAGAACCAGUACUUCCUUGGAAGCUCGUUCGCGUGGGCCGCGGAUGGGAUCACACCAGAGGACAUCAACGCUCUGCACUUGAUCCCGAAGGAGCUGUCUCUCAAGAUCGUUGACAAGAUCGAGAAAGGAGAGAAGUUUAGGGUUUAUGUUGUGGUUCCCAUGUGGCCUGAGGGUUUACCGGAGAGUGCUUCGGUGCAAGCUAUAUUGGAUUGGCAGAGGAGGACCAUGGAGAUGAUGUACAAGGAUGUUGUUCAGGCGCUUAGGGCUCAGGGACUAGAGGAAGACCCUAGAAACUAUCUCACCUUCUUCUGCCUUGGAAACCGUGAGGUCAAGAAAGAAGGAGAGUAUGAGCCUGCGGAGAGACCAGACCCUGACUCUGACUACAUGAGGGCUCAAGAAGCUAGACGCUUUAUGAUUUACGUUCAUAGCAAAAUGAUGAUCGUUGAUGAUGAGUAUAUAAUAGUGGGAUCUGCUAACAUCAACCAGAGGUCGAUGGAUGGAGCUAGAGACUCGGAGAUAGCGAUGGGAGGUUAUCAGCCACAUCACUUGUCACAUAGACAACCAGCUCGUGGACAGAUCCAUGGUUUCCGUAUGUCGUUAUGGUACGAACACUUGGGAAUGCUUGACGAGACUUUCCUCGACCCCUCGAGCGUGGAGUGCAUUGAGAAAGUUAACCGCAUUGCUGAUAAGUACUGGGACUUCUACUCGAGUGAGUCGCUGGAACAUGACCUUCCUGGUCACUUGCUUCGUUACCCGAUUGGUGUAGCCAGCGAAGGUGACAUCACCGAGCUUCCGGGAGUCGAGUUCUUCCCUGACACGAAGGCUCGUAUCCUCGGCACCAAAUCAGACUACCUGCCUCCAAUCCUUACAACCUAA